GGUCAACUGUCGGGAUGCAACUGUCUGCUCGGAACCACAACGACUUAAUCUGGACCUGGAUGCGAGCUGGAGGACUCACACUCACCCGAACAAGAGCGGCGGAUAAAGAUGCUCUCAUCCUCGGUUAGCAUGUUUCAUUUGGGCGACCGGAGAGUUUGGUCAAUGUGACACUGCUCAAGCUUUGUGUUCUGGUCCCAGACGCAGACCAGCGAUCGUGCGUUGAGAAGAUGUUGAGUCGGCUGAUGAGUGGCAGCGUCAGAAACCUGGAGAGAGAAUACAUGUGCACCGUCAGACUGCUGGAUGAUACGGAGUAUACCUGCACCAUUCAGAGGGAUGCCAAAGGCCAGUAUUUAUUCGACCUCAUCUGCCACCAUCUAAACCUGCUGGAGAAGGACUAUUUUGGCAUUAGAUAUGUGGAUCCAGAUAAGCAACGGCACUGGCUGGAGUUCACCAAGUCAAUUUCUAAGCAGAUGAAAUCACAACCUCCGUUCACCAUGUGUCUGCGGGUGAAGUUCUACCCACCAGAUCCUGCUGCUCUAAAGGAGGAGAUCACCAGGUAUCUCGUCUUCCUGCAGAUCAAGAGAGAUCUGUACCAUGGUCGUCUCCUUUGCAAAACCUCCGAUGCAGCCAUGUUGGCGGCUUACAUCUUACAAGCUGAGAUUGGAGAUUAUGACCCAGGAAAGCAUCCAGAGGGCUACAGCUCCAAAUUCCAGUUUUUCCCCAAGCACUCAGAGAAGCUGGAGCGAAGGAUUGCAGAAAUUCACAAGACAGAGUUAAUAGGUCAGACUCCAGAAACAGCAGAACUGAAGUUCCUGCAGAAAGCACAAAUGCUUGAAACAUACGGUGUGGAUCCUCAUCCGUGCAAGGAUGUUUCUGGGAACCCAGCCUUCCUUGCCUUCACUCCGUUCGGUUUUGUUGUGCUUCAAGGGAACAAGAGAGUCCAUUUCCUCAAAUGGAAUGAGGUGACCAAACUGAAGUUUGAGGGAAAGACAUUCCAUGUAUAUGCAAAUCAGAAGGAGGACAAAAAGAUAAUCUUGACAUACUUUGCACCAACACCAGAGGCCUGCAAGCACCUUUGGAAAUGUGGUGUUGAAAAUCAAGCCUUCUACAAGUUGGAUAAGUCCAGCCAGGUUCGUACGGUGUCCAGCAGUAACCUGUUUUUCAAGGGGAGUCGUUUCCGCUACAGUGGAAGAGUAGCCAAAGAGGUCAUGGAGCAGAGUGCAAAAAUUAAACGAGAACCUCCAGAAAUACACAGGGCUGGCCUGGUGCCCAGCAGAAGCUGUCCGUCCAUUACUCAUGGGCCGCGACUGAGCAGUGUACCGCGCACCCGCCGGAGAGCCGUACACAUAUCCAUCAUGGAAGGCUUGGAAUCCUUACGAGAUAGUGCACACUCCACUCCCGUGCGCUCUGUGUCCCAUGGCGAAUCCUUCAUCCCACGUUCGCGUAGCCAGGUGACAGAUGCUGGUGACGGGACAGCAGUCAUCUCGGACGAGACCUACAGUCCAUCUGACAGCGUGCUGCCCACGCCAGUGGCCGAGCACAGCCUGGAGCUGGCUGUCUCACGCCAGAUCAACGGUGCCCCCUGCAGCAUAGAGGAGGAGAAAGAGUCAGAGGCAGGCACGCCCACUGUGGGCGAUGUGGCUGAGUUUGGAGCAGACAGUCGAGUGGCGGGCCCCAUCUCAAGCGCAGGUGGGGAGGUCGCGCUCAGCGAGGCGGAACAGGUGAAUAAGUUUGUUUUAAGUGUACUCCGUCUGCUCCUUGUGACCAUUGGACUCCUCUUUGUCUUGCUCCUCCUCCUCAUCAUCCUCACUGAGUCUGACCUUGACAUUGCAUUUUUACGUGAUAUCCGCCAGACCCCCGAGUUUGAGCAAUUCCAUUACGAAUACUUUUGUCCCCUCAGACGGUGGUUUGCCUGCAAGCUCCGCUGGGUGGGCGGGCUGCUCAUUAACAAGUGAAAGUGAGGCACUAAAGCAAUAUAAAGCCUCCCUCGUAGGGUCGAGAAGACGCUAAACACGUGGAGAGAAAAAGAGGAGGGCACCGACCUGUCCCAACCAUGAACACAGCUUCUUUCAUGAUACUCCAGCUGACUUGUGGUGGACCAUCAGUCCCACAGCUCCUCUUCUCUGCCACUUUCAGUUUUUUCUCCCCUCUAUUUGCAUUUUUACUCCUUUUUGUCCUUUAUUUUUGUUUGUUUUUUUUAACAAAGACAAAACUUUUUCAUUGCGUUUUAUUUUUUGCGGGAUUUCAGGUCAUUUCAGGUAUUUUAUUUUUUACAAAAAAUAAUAAUAAAAAAUGUAAUAAAAAAAAAAUACAUAAAAUGUUAAUACAAAGAACUGAAUUAUAUUGUUCCUUAAACAGGGAUGAAAUAUUUUGUUGCAACAAGAAAACGUUGCCUUCAUUUAUAUUUAUUUUACAAUAAUGAUUAUUAAAGUCUCUAAUGUGGUGCAUUAAGUAAGAUGGCAAGGCUUGUUGGCAUACAGUACGUACAGUAGGACUGGAAACCUGGAGAAUCUGAAAUAUUGUGGAAAAUGGGAGCAUAACUUCAUGCAUAAUUCAUAUCCAUCAUCAAUUUAUCAUUUAACUUAGUAAUUUUCUAAAGGCUGCUAUAAUUUACCACAUUGAUGAUCAGAUCAGAAGAGGGCUAUAUGUAAUGUAAGAAUGAGCAAGUUAUUUCAAAAGUGAGACAAGGCGAGACUGGAUAAGAUGUUAUUGAAUAACACCAAUGGGUACUUUUGGGUUCUGAAUUUGGUGGCUUGAUUUUUUUAGGGUGUCAAAUAUGUUUUAGGAAUGUAAUAAGUGUGUAGGCGGCAGCAAGCUGUGAAGUAGAAAUAAUAAUAAAAAAUAAAAUAAAAAUUCUAAUGGAUACAGAAACAUUAAUCAGAAUAACUUGUGUUCGGUCAUGUGACCCAAUAGUGUCAAUAUCUGUGAAAGUAUUCAUGGUUGACUUAAAAGCAACUAGCACCCAUAGAAACAGUCUAACUAGAUGUGCAAUACUGUAAGGUUUUUAUUUGAAAUAAAUGAGUACAUCUAUUUAUUGGUUUUCCUGAGGAUGUGCAUUUGCUCUUUUUAUUACAAUUCAUUAAUCCGGAGUCUUUUUAAAUAGAAACUGUAUAAAUAAAUAUUUUGUUUUUUUACUCCGUAUCAACCUUGCUCUUAAGUUUGUACUUUAUGGAUAACAUGCUAUAUUUAAUCUUAACAAUAACAAUGCUGUACUUUUUGUACAAUAGUAGCUAGUUUCUUAAUAUAUCGACAGUUUUUCCAUGUAUAUUUUAACAGUACUGAAAUGUUAUUUUGUUAUUAAAGAUUAAAUUAUACCUUUUUUUAGCUGUGUUUCAGAUGAGGUCUAGAAUUUAUGGCAUUUCUGCCAAGGGAGACACAAGAAAGAUUUUUAUCAAGAUCUACAGUAGAACCCAUGUCCAGUUCUGUCACUUAACCAGCAAUGAGAAAACCAUAUUGACUUCAAAUGUUCCUGUGCUUUGUGUAUUGGUAAAGGCCCUGCAUUUGAACAAUAUUGAUUGCUUUACGCUCAGUUUAGCCAAAAGACUGAGUUUUGGUGUGCUUUUUUUUUUUAUUUUAUUUUUACAAUCAGUGUUAUUGGCAAUAUGUACUAGAAGGCCAGGAUUAGUCUAUAGUGCACCAUGUCCUGAUUUAUCUAAAUAACUGAUUUGUCUAAAAUGUAUUUAGCAAUUUAUUUGAAGACAGAAAUUAUUCUCCCAGUGGCAUGCCAGUUGGACAGGGAUUGUUUAUUUCUGAUAAUACAUGAUUAGUCUGCCCCUUUGUAACUGUUAAUGAUGCAUUUGUUUUUGUGUGUAUGAGAAAGUGAAAAACAUAGUGCAAAAUACUGAACACACAAGAAAAGACCAUUUUUAUCUUAUUUUGUGUACAGAGAAAGAUGCGGGAUUGAGAAACAAGUAACAUAUAGGCAGUGGUAAUUACAGUAGUAAAGAUGUUGGAAGGGUGAUGUUUUAGGACUUACAUAGGUAUUCACACUACAAUAAAUUAUUAUAAUUGUCACAGCAGCUUUUGCCUUAAGCAUUAGUUUGUGGCAGCUCAAACAGCUUGGUUGUACUCUUCUGGUAUGUUAUUUUAAAUGAACAUGCCUCUAUCCACCAAUUGCAAUCUCCUGUUGUCACUUCAGUACAGCCACUAUGGUGCUAGGGAAUGAAUGAUUAGUUACCUUCUUAGAAUUUACCACUGUGUAAACCUGUAAUCAACAGUGGCUGAAAUGUGCUAUCAUUAAUUAUUAAAUUAGCCAGACUGCAAUACUGCUAAUUAGCCAGCUAAUGUGUUUGACUAUAAGAAUUGGGCAGUCUAGUCACAUGCCUUUAUAUAACAGUUUUGUAGAACUGCUGUCUUCCAUUGCUACAGGGGCUGAAGGAAAACCUAUUUCAGCUUCAACAAACAUGAGAUGCAUGGAACACUGAACCAGAAAUUGUAAGAAUCCUCUAAUACAUGGAAAACAUGGGUAAGAUGUAGAUAAAUUCAAAGAAGGAAUUUGAAAGGCAUUAGAGUUAUGCAUGUCUCUUACCUUGAAGUAUCCAUGCAUGCAUUAUUAACAUCUCUGAUGUGCCAAAUAAUUAUUGUGGUGGCUUAUGUCCAUUUAAAUUUUUAUAGAACUUGAUUAAAGGGUUGUUUUCACAGUACAAUAAGGCAACAGUUGCUCUGAUGGCUACCAGCAUGUCAAUAAGGUUGGGUAUUAUUUAUUUAGAAAAUCAAAUAAAACUUAAUUGGAGACAAAUUGCUUUAGCAAGCAAUAAAAUGCUAGUAAAGGUUUCACAAAUGAAGUGGAUUUAAGAUUUGAUCAGAUUUUACUUAUUGACAGCAUUAUGUAGCCUCAGCCCUGCAUGGCAGCACCAUUCAAUAAGCAAUAACCUGUUGAAUUAUAGAAUAGGGAUGAGUGAUCUUUUUGAUGGUUUGUGGGCUGUUGUGUAGCAAGUCUGACUACCUAAAGUUUUAAAAAAAAGUAAGGAAUGAAAACAUUUCAUUUGAGUUAGACACAAAAGUGUGAUUGCCAACAAACCCGGAAGCUAAUUUUAUAAGAUGAUUAUUUCCAAAAUUUGCUACAUUUUAUACUCAUUGUAAUCACUCAUCAUUGUGUUUUAAUUCUGAACUGUUAGCCUUCUGGAGUUCUAUGUUUCUCUUCGUUCUUGAAAUGUUAUUGCACAAGUUUCAAAAGGAAAAGCUGCAAGCUAGCACAGGCUCAUUUCUAGACUUGUACAUCAAGGGCAAUCACUACUACUACUUUGUGUCCAUGUGAGCUUCUACAUUUGUCUCUAGACAGUUUACUUGUACUAUACUGUAUGGCCAGGUUUGACUGUGAUGAAUGCACAGGUCCUAUAAAGGACACUUGUCAGCUAAAUCGGUUCAUCAUUUCUAUAGACAACUAAAUGGGUUAUUUCAUAAGGUCUCUGUGAACGUAAAAAAAAAAUGUAUGCUUAAAUGCUGAAACAGAGGGAGCUGCAUUAAUGUGCAGUUAAACACCUGCCAUGACACUUAUCAAAUGAAAAGUAGACUUUCAUGAGUUUUACACUGCAGAUAAAGUACUUCACUAGCUUAAAAUAUAUAUUCUGAAACCAAGUGCAAAAUGUUAUUCAAGUGAUCCAGCUUAAAUAUGAGCCUAUUAAAGAUGGUGGUUUUAACAUUUAAAAAUUUUGUAGUUAGAUGUUGGUCUGCAAUUUUGAAAUCUUGUUAUUGACUGGCAACUGUUCUAUAAGAUAUAGAGCUGUAUUGGUAAAUUGAACAGGCACCUCAUUUCAAGCAAGGUCAGGAUUUCCUCCAGGUUCAUAAAGCAGGUGCCUACAGAAGAUGGACAAGGGUUUAAAUAUACAAGAGCCACUUGUUCAGCCUCCGACACUCAAUGAUAGCAUUAGACUGCAGCUAUGGGACCUCUAAGAUUUUCCGGGUUCAUUACUGAUAAUUAUUCUCUCAAACAAACUUUUUUCCCUCAUUAACCCAGGGACUUACCAUAGCUACAUACAUAGCUCCUUACAUAGAAAUUCCCUGAUUAUUUGGUAAAAUCUGACUUCACCUGAACCGUAAAAGUCAGAUCCACUGCCACACUGAGAUUCAAUAAAGAUCAGUGGAGGUAACAUGCAUCACUUACUGUACUGUGUUUUUGUCACUUUGCCAGCCCCCACAGUCCCCUCAACAGCUUCUAUGCAUAAACAACAAUUUGUUUGUGUUUGUGGGUGUGUUUUUCUGUAAUCUGCAUCUGGACUGGAGGUUGCCAUUUAGUUCCUUAUUAUAUAAAUAAUCAAAUAUAUACAAAAUGUGCAAAAUGCAGUUCCUGUUAAGUUAGAUUCAUUCCAAAUCACCUUUGUACUGUAGGAAAUAUUUCAUGCAAAAUGGUCUUUGAAAUUGUUUCACUAAUAGUCUCUUGUAACUGGUGCCAUGGAAAUAUUCAAACUUGAAAUAAACUUUCA